CAAAAACUUUAAUAGAAAUGAUUAAUAAAUCAGUAAACUCUCAUUCUGAAAUUUAUUACAAUAUAGAAAUCAUCGCCUCUCAAAAUACAUUAUUUUUAUUUAUUUACCAGGACGUUGUAGUGACUGAUUCAGAAAAACAGACAAUUCUGGAUGUCAAUGCUGCUACUUCUUCAAAAACAUCUCAGGAUUCCACUCAAGAAGAUAAAGGUUGUACAUUGCAGACAAAUGAAAUCAAAGAUGACAAUAUCUUAACUGAGGAGGAUGUAGAAAAGAAUAACUGGAGCUCCUGGACUCCAAAAGUUUUAAAAACAAAAAUGUCAAAUACAUUGUCAGCAAAUAAAGAAAACAAUCCAUCAACUUGGUUGCAUCGACGUAGGCCGAAGACUUCUUUGCAGGAUAAAGUUCUGCAAAGUAAAUUAGAAUUAAUAGAGACGAUGAAAAGAAAUACCCAAACAGAGGCUGCUCUUAAAGAAUUAAUUUUACAAGAACAGCUAAAACAAGAAAAAUUGAAAACUGAAAAAUUACAACUUGAAGUUGAAACAUUAAGAAAAAACCUUAAUUAGUAAAAAAAGUAAAGUUUUUUUUCAUUGAUACAACUUUGAGUUGUAAUUUGCGAUUUUUCAGUUUUAAACCUUGUUUUUUUUGUUUUUGAAUGCAUGUAAGUGAAU